GAAAAUGUGUUUCCGUUCUAAAUAUCGUAACGAUAAAAAUAGAUCUUUUGAUUUAGAUUGUUUUACAAGGAUAUCCAUUGGUUCUAAGUUACCCGAAAUGGACAUCGCGUCACGAACUAAUGCCAUGAGUUUAACGGAAUGUGAAAAAAAUUGUUUAGGAAAGAAGCAUGAUUGCAAUGCGUUUUCAUUUGGGUACGGGAUAUUGUCGAUAUCGCGAAAAAAUUGUUUAAAUCAACGGAACGUUUUAUCGAGCCAUCGUGGUAUUUUACCAAUCGAUACUAUGUUCUCUUUCUUUCACUAUCUUUUUCUUUCUAGCGUUGGUGUAAAGGGUAACAGUACCUGUUUAAUUAGCCGACAGAUACCGGCAUUAGAAAAUUUAGAAACCGAUCAGGAAUACGAUGUUUACGCGAAAAAACGACGAGACUCGAUAUGGUGCGAUUUUGACCGUUUCUAUAAAAGUUUCGUACGCGAAGAUGAAAAUCGUUCGACGAAAGCAAAUAAGCUUAUUAGUAAAGGAUCCAUUAUAAAUAAUGAUAAUCCUUUCUCAAAAUUAAUACCAGAACCAAUUUCGGUAUUAGUACCACAUAAUACGCUAACAUCUUCAAGAAACAAAAAUGGUAUGACGAGUCAUGGACAUAUUGGUAGCUAUGGUUUGCUUAUUAAUCACGAUCAACGAUUUCUUUCCGAGGACAAUAACCGUAGUGUUCUGGAUAUUAUUGGAAACAAAAAUAAAAAAACAUCGCCCACACCUUUCGUUAUAAUUUGUCAUCGAAAGCUGCUACCUGGCAAGAAAAUGAUGGGAUUAUUCAUCGAGCGUAUCGUCAAUUGUGAAAAUCUACAGGAUUGUUGUCGAGCAUGCGAUUACGAAAAGACUUUUGUGUGUAAAGGUUUUAAUCAUAGACGUAGGACCGAUGAUUCAAAGUGCACGUGCGAAUUGACAUCAACACCAUAUUUUCGCAUGGAUACCGAUGAAGAUUUUUCAAUUGAUUCUUAUUACGAUUAUUACGAGAAGGUUGACAAUUGCCCUUCCUCGGCAUGGCAUGAUAACGGUAUACCACGUUGGAAAAGCUAUGCAAAAAGUUCUCGAGAAAACAGUCAAAACGCAUGGUUGGACCGUGAAAAUGCGAAUAAAGAUUUCGUGCACACGGAUCAUUCGAUCUAUAAAGAGAAUUAUCCACUAUAUCGCGAAUCAGCUUAUGAUCUUUCAAAUGGUCUCGCACGAUCUGGCAAACCAUUUCAUUACGAACAUCCUCAUGGUUUUACGUCUCGUUAUCACGAUUUGAAUUGGAAUCGCAACUGGAAAGAAUCGGAGUCUCGCAAUCCCGAUGUAAUUAACGACAAUACCUUUGUCAACUCUCGCAUUGAUUACGAUAAAGGAUAUUUUGACGCAAAAUCGCCACGUUUCCCCAAUUCACGAUUAGACCAUCCUCUGACACAGGAAUAUUCCAUUCCUAACGAGAACGAACAAUUUUAUGGGAAAUUGUACAAUUACGGCAGUGCAUUCGGCUAUAAUGAUAAUUACGUGUCCGUUCCAAAAGAACCAUAUUAUGAAAAACACGAGACAUCACAAAUGACACGAAAAUGUUCAGUGAAAGCUGCCUCAGGUUCAAAAUUAAGUAGAAGCGUCUUACGAAAGACUUGCGCGGCACACGAUUUUGAACAAUGCGAAGAGUUUUGUACCAAUGAAACAAGUUUCUCUUGCGAAAGCUUUGCUUAUAGAUGCAAUGUGGCAACCACGAAUCCUACCGAUAACUGUUUACUAAGCGAUCGUUCCUAUCAGGAUCUAAAUUUUUACACGGAUCUUGAACCAAAUCGCGAUUACGAUACCUACGCAUUAACGUCGGAUGCUAAGAACUGUUACUUAAAAAAGUCAACAAAUCGAUAUCCUUUGGAGGAAUGUUUCUCGAGGAUCAGAAGUGGAUUUACCAUGCCGAUGGAUGUCACGAAGAAAUCAAUAUUUGUUAAUGAUUUUGGAGAAUGUCAAUUUGCGUGCACCACGUCGCAAGAAUUUGUUUGUAGAAGCUUCGUUUUCAAAUAUGCGAUGGACAAUCACAAAGUGUACAGUCAUGAACGCGUAUCACCUAACUGUUUCUUAAGCGAUUGGCCGGCAGAAGAAAUAAAUCCUAUCGAUAUGCCAGAUAUGGAUGGUGCCGAGUUGUACGAAAGAAAUACAUUAUCCUAUGGUUGCGAAACGCAUCCUUCGUCCCUAUCAAAUUCGAAUGCAAUUGCUCCGUACGACAAGGGAUCCUCUCAAUCGCACAUGGACGAACUUUGUUAUUCUGAAUAUCAUAGACCAUGCAAAUUAAUGUCUCACGCAGUGAUUUCCUCGAUGCGAGCUGUUACAAAACAGGAUUGCCGCCGAAGGUGUUCGACGAUGAGAAACGCCGGUGUGGUACCUUGUAUGUCGUUUAAUUACAUCAUUACUAUCGAUAAUACACGGAGUAACUGUUUUUUAAGCGACAUAUCAAUACGAGAUCUAAGGCCAAAUCUGGACUAUGUUCACGAUAAUGAUCACGCAUUAUAUACAUGGAAAGAUUUUGAUCCAUAUUGUGGUUUAAUCGCGAAUGCUUUCAAUACGACAAAUGCACCAACGUUUGAAAAUCACGAUCAGUCACAUCCUCCCGAGUUCGGUUAUCCGAAUGCUCAAAGAACACCCGAGAGCGAAAUACAUUACCCUCAUGAGCCAGCUUCCUAUCAUCCCACUCGAUGGAGAAAUAAAUUUCGACCUGAUGAACACGAUUACAAGCAUAAGUUAGCUAGUGGAGACAACACAUCCCCUCUUGAACCUGGUACUUCCGAAUAUGGACUUAACUUUUUCCAUUCAACAAACCAGCUUCCUCCAUCUCGACGUUAUACGGUAAACGGUUCUCCUUGCAAAAACGGCACCGUCUGUCAACGAAAUGAGAUCACUGGAUUCUGGUCUUGUGAAAUUGAAAAUGAAUAUGGUAAUUGGGAUUACUGCUGCGAACCUAGUCAUCAAUGUGGAUUUUCACAAGGAUAUCAUCAUCCUUGGUGUUACGUGGGUCCCAACGAAGAUCAAUGGAGACCUUGUAGCGAAACAUAUUAUCCAUAUCAUUUUGCAAUGGAUCAUUCAAGUUAUCGCCAAUCGCCAUUAUAUACCGCUCGUCAUUGGCCAGUAAUUUACUUCCACGAAACAUCACCACCAAACUGUUCUACCAAUAAUCCUAACGUUAAGGAGUCAUGGAAACUACAGGUUAUAAAAAUUAAAAUGGAAUUUUCUGCCAGAAAAAAUAAAAGUAAAGUAUAUUGCUGUGUGUACGGUUGUAACAGUCGUGCAUGUAAACGUGACACUGUUCGUUUUUAUCAUUUUCCCCGUGAAAAUGAAAACUUAGUUAAAUUGAAAAACAAAUUAAAUAAGGAGGAAAUUAUUGACCGCUUCAGUGCAUGGGUGAAAGUUCUAAAAAUGGGCAAGAAUGUAUCAUCGUCGAUGAGAGUAUGCUCAUUACACUUUACAAAGGAAGAUUUUAUCCCAUCAAAUAGUCGCAUACGUCGUUUAAAGAACACAGCAAUCCCAUCAGUCAACCUCCCGAGUUCUUCACUUAAUACACAGCUUAGCAGUUCUGCACCUUGUCAAAAAAUUGUUCAUACCACAAAAAUGCCGAAAACACGACUGAUUACGCGUUCAAUAACGAACAAUCGACCACCUCACAUGACUUUAAAUUUGGAGUGUUCAGAAGAGCCUCUCAGCGAAGCACAGUUAGUGUUACGAUUAGAACUCAAAGAAAAUUAUGACAGAGUUGCUGCCACUUUGGAGGAAUUGGUUAAAGAUCAUGGAGGUAAAUUGGUAUGCCAAGCAGGCAAUGUCAACGGUUAUCAAUAUACAUUGCCUUCAAAUCCUGCUCAAGCAACGGUUAAAAAUAAUUCACAACCUAUUGUCAAUGUAAAUCAAAAUAAAAACCAAUCUAUUAAAUUGAAUGUAUUAAAUAAUGCAAAUGGAUCUCAGGGUAACAUACAAUUGGUUGUGGAUUCACGAAUGGGAGUUAUUCUUGGAUCUGUUGCUCAACCUCAAGGAACUUCUAUGACCAAUGUUUCAUCAGGUUCAAUCUCUACUUCAACAUUAACACCAAAUUCGACAUCCACAUCUACAGCUACAACUAUAUCUACCAUUGCACAUUCUCAAACAGAAAAUUAUAAGUAUACUCGUUCCGGACGCAGAACAAAAGUGCUCGAAGUACAACAAUCCGACAUAAUAGAGGAACCCACGCUAGUACCUCGUGGAAAACAGAAAUUAGGAUGCUCGACACAUGUUGUUACACCAACUACAACCAGCCCACAAGGUGUUACUAAUCUUAGAAUAAAAACUGUAAGUAAACAACAGGUUACACCGACAGUGUCAUCGACAUCGGCUACGAUAAAUACGACUACAAGAACGGUAUCACCAACGAUAACGGUAUCGGCAACAACAACAAAACUGGCUAUUGCAAAACCAACAGAGCAUACGAGUAUUGGUGGAAUAUCAAUUGGAAAAAAUGCAGCUUGCGACCAAAUUGAUGAAUCGAAGAAGAAUCUUCCAGAUGGAAAGGAAGUAACUUUUAACAAAAUAAACGGAGGCAGAACAUUUCCUUCUUUGGUCAUCGUAGCUAGACCGAAUCUCCGUACAAAGGAUAUCGCGCCAAUAGUAGCUCAGAAAGAAAGAUCAGAGUUAGAUUUGAAAGUCAAGAGCGUACUCAUGUACUCGGCUACAAAGUUUGCUGAAUGGUUGAUACAGCAAGGGUUGGUAAAGUCUGAACAAUUUUGUACCCAACAUAAUAAUAAUUAUCAGAGGAAAUUAAAAUUAGGAAUGUAUAGUGAUCCCGGUACAUUUCCAUAUUCGGGAGGAUACGUUUGGAUUUCAGAAUGUUGUGCAGAUCGUUUUGUUUCCCUCUUUUCCGGUUCAAUUUUUCAGGGUGCUACAUAUACACCUACCAUUCUUUUAAAAUUAAUUUAUCAUUGGGCAUGCCAAACAAAUGUUCAAAACGUUACUUCCUGGGUGAAAGUAUCAAAUGUAUAUGUGAAAAAUUUUUAUACACAUUUACGUAGUGUUUGUACUGCUGCAAUUUGCGAUAAAUUUCGUAAAAUGGGAGGCAAAAAUUCCGUGAUACAAGUUGGUGUAAUUAGCUUAGGUACAACAUCGCAGGACGGAAAUUUACGACAAGUUAAAGUCGAAGUGCUUGGUGUAUUGCAUUAUGCCACACUUGAUUUAAGAUUAAGAGCAUGUGAUCCAGUGCAAGAUGGUGAUAGAUCGUAUAAACGACGGUUCAAUAAUAUUUUACACCCACUGAAGGAGUGGGUACACCCGGAUACGAAAAUUAUGACUGAUUUCACCGUUGAUAAAAGCACUCUUGAAGAGAUGGGUUUUAAUCAUGUUACACAGUCAGCAUUUUCUGAUCAGGGUCCUCGAAAUUUUAUGAGCAAUUAUCACAUUAUGGAAUAUUUAAGAAAAAUUGUCCCAAGAAUGUUUCAAAAUACUCUUAGUUUGCUUAGUAGACAAAUGAUACAACAAUUUUUGGACGAAUUAGUAUGGAGAGAAAUGUACGGAUCGACUGCUGCCCGAGCAUUUGACAACAUUAUCGAACAUAUUGCGGAGCAAACUGGAAUCGAGUCAAACGAAAGUCUUAUAGAUCGUUUGAAUAAGAUAGGUGCUAAUCCGUUUCAUAACUGGUCUUACUCAAAUACGAAUUCACCACCAUUGACGCCGCUUAUGACGAUAAAUAAAGAAGAAUUUUUUUCGGGCUGCGAAGUUUUGAUCCCAAGUAGUAGCAACAUGAAACAACAAGAAACAUUGCCUUCCGUUCAAACGACGAAACCUGGUCCGAAGAGGGGACGAAAGAGAAAUCCAACAACAGCCAUUAGUCCGGAGCCCGAGGUGAAAAAAACCAUCUACGAUUCAAAAGGCAUCAGAGAAACAGAUAAGGAAUGUAAAAACGAUCAGGUACAGUUGCAAGAAUUUUACUAUGCUACUAUGGAAGGUGAUAAAACUCUUCUUUUAAAGGAACAUAGAAGUUCCCUAUAUUUUAAAUGCUUUCUUUGCGCUGCAAUAUUGCGUUCAAAUACAGAUGUAAUGGAACACACUAUUGGUCAUGUGCCACCACAAGUACCUGGACAAUCAAAUUCUCCUGUAUGCCGGUAUUGUUGCACUGCAUUUUCAUCUCAACAUCAGAUGAUUACACACGUUACGGAAUCACACAGCACUUUUGGUCAUUCUGAUAGUGACAUGGUUGUUUGCGCCAUUUGUGAACAAAAAUUCGGGAACACUGGUCUUCUAAUUAACCACUUAUCGACGGUGCAUUGUCCUUCAGAGAUGCCUUACCGAUGCGAAAUUUGCGGUUAUCGUACUUCCAGUCAUAAAGACGCUAUUGAUCAUUUCUAUCGUGGUCAUGAAAGGGGCGAAGGGUUACAGUGUCCUUAUUGUUUAAAAAUAAUAGAUUUUGCAAGAGAAGGCAACCCCAAUGUUACCAGCGUUCACGCAUUCUUAUUACAUAUGCAAAGACAUGUUAUCAGAAGGGAACAAGGACGUGGAAAUAAAUGUUCUAGAUGUUGUCUUUGGUUUAAUCAAAAAAGUUCAUUAAAAAGUCAUCAAAGGGAAUUGCAUGACUCUGUGUCUAGUACAAAGGUUGUUCCGUAUUCAGUUGGUAAUAACGGAAUAAUGAUUGCAAAACAACGAUUUCAAAAUAGACGAUUUGAAAUCGAUAGUCCAGUUACGGAAUUACCACACGAUGAAAAAGUUAAAAAAUGGAUCACUGGUCCAAUUACGGUGAACGUUCCAAUUGAACAUCUAUCCUGUAAAGAAUGCGAAGAAGAUAUAGAUGAACAAGAUCAUUAUCCAGGCGAACAAAUAUGCCAACUGUGUCGCUACGUAACUUGUUGUUGGCGUGCGUUUAAGGAACAUCAACAACAAAUUCAUAACGAACGACCGAUGACCAGUUUGGUAGUUCCUUCUCCUCUUAUUAAUAUUCCAUUAAAUAAAAAGAUGCGAUGUUCAUGCGGUUAUGCAACAACCGAUGGAAACCAAUUAGCCACACAUUUGGUUAAAUGUAACAAAGUGUCUAGCUACCCGGCUGAGGAUACAACACCAUCCGGAAUGUUAAACAGUUUAGGAUUGGUACCAAAAAAUAACUCAGACGAAAUAGAUACUGACAUCAAAAGGACUAAUUUACUGUAAAAUAAAAUAAAGUGAAGUACAAGUUUUUGAAUUAAUUAGGAGUUGUAGAUGAUAAGUUGUAUAACUGUUUAGAGAAUUAAUUUUAUCCAAUAUUUCAAAUCGUUCUAAGUUACAUCUGUGUAAUUAGUAUAAGAUAACAAGUUACUUGAAUAAGAAUGUUAUAAAAUAUAAUAAAAUGGAAGUGAAUGUUGUAAAUCGGAUCGAUUUUUUAUCAUGUAUCGAUACAUUCGUUUUCACUAUUGUUGGUUACUUUCGUAUUCUGUUAUUUCAAUUAAAGAAACCAUAAAACAACCAUGAAUAGAAAUGUCACUCAUCAUAUUGUUAUUAAACAUCUUCAAUGAACAUAAUUUAAGUCACCAACACUUCAUACACGCCAUGCAAUGUGUAUUGUUUGGAAACAUUGCUAAUAAUACUACAAUAAUAAUACAAUAACACAAUUAUUGAAUUAAGUUGUAUCAAUAUUAUUAAUACGAUUAUGUUGCUGAGUUGUACCUUUAUAUGAAGUAAUAAAUUAUUAUUACAUGAAAAGAUACUACAAGUUUAAAAUAUGUAUCUAAGUAUAUAAUUCUUUAUAUAGUAGUGUUUGCGUAACUACAAAAACUCGAUAUUUUAUCGUUGUAGCUAUUCAGAAAAAUAUAUUCCAGGUAUUUAUUUCUUUGACUUUCUAGAUUUUCAAUAGGUUUCAAGUUUCGAGUUAAAGUGGAAAGCGUUAAGUACAAUUAAGAUACAGAGAAAAGUUUGUUUAAUAUACGUAAUGCAGAGUUUCGAGGUCACCUAUCACAAUGAAGCUAGUUACAGGAACGGACUGGUGAGGAUAUGGAGCUUCUGCUAAGUGGAGACUCGAGCUCUACUUUUAUGUGCGUGUGUGGACAUUGUAUAUACAAAGGUAUACAUAUAAAAGUUAAUUUUUUCUUUAAUUCUUCUGAUAUAGAACGAAGUACAAAAUUUAUGCGUUUUUCUAAAGUUUUAUUUAGCAAGAGUGUUUUUCGGUAAUUCCACAAUAAUAAAUGUAACAUACAUGUAUCUCCACGUAAUCAACUAUAUCAAUACAGUAUACAGUACUAGUUAAUAGAACGCAGAGAGUUUUAUUUUCAAUUGAAAACUCAAGAUAAAUCGUAAACUAUUUGCUUUAACGUAUACUAAUUCAUUAUUCUGUACUUAUCUAUAUUUCUAGCAAACUAUUAACACUUUUUUUACUUCAUUUAACGUCAUCUAUUAUCAAGUCAACACUAAAGAACGCAUUUACUAAAACAAACUCCACAAUGUUAAUUGAUUCGGGUUACCAAAGAUUAUAAUUAUAAUUACAAUCAUUGCCAUUAGAAAUAUUAUUUAAAUACCUAAACAUAAUAAAGCAAAAAGAAAAUAUCGACCUAAUUACGAUUACAACGAUCGCUACCAGUGUGUAAUUGAUUGUUUUAGUAAAUAUUUUAACGAAAUAUUUUAAAUAUUAUAAAUAUAUCUUUUAAUUGGGAUUAUGUUUAGAAUUAUGUUUGCACAUCUCAUUACAGAUACUGAAUGAUAUCAAAGUUUCAUAAAUCGUAUCACAAGUUGAUGCUUUAUUUGAACUAAUCUUUAUUGGGAAAGUAAUGAAUCUGUAUACAUCAUGUAAAAAGUACAAGUUAAACAAGAAUUAAUUAUUUAAGAUAAACCAAACACUAGUUGCGCAUCGUUACAUGUAUAAAAUAUCUGUAUAUGUGUAUAUAGAAUAAUAAUACUUACAAAUGAUUUUAAAAAUGUAUAAUAAUACAGAAUAAAACGCGGUAAAAUCCAAUUUGAUACAAUUAACAUUGAGAUUUAUUAGUAGUAAAUUUCUUUUAUAAUUUGACGUUUCAUAGGUUUAUGUAACUUUUAAGCCUUGAUACCGUCAAAUUUUUUACGUGGGGAGCUUCGUCAGCUGUUCAUAUGAUCUUAACAUUGUAUUCAAGAGAAUGAAUCGACAUUUCCGCCCACAUCCUGUUAUGUUGGCGAUCUACAUAUACCCGACUAUCAGUUUCGGUUUGUUCUGUAUUUCUUCGUUUUUCUCCGUACAUUUUCAUGUCUCUCUCGCUCUCACACUCAUUCUCCCUAUCUCUCUCUCUCUCUCUCUCUCUCUCUUUCUAUAUAUAUAUAUAUAUGUACGUACGUAUACAUAUAAAGAUAUUUCUCUUAAAUUUAACGCCAAGGUGUAUAGUGCUGGAAAUGUUAUUUUUGACAUAUUUUACAUACUUUACAUCUUUCGAAGUCGUUAGUUUCUAAUACAAUAAUUUACUUUAUGAUCCUAGCGAGUUGCGAAAUGAAAAUUUUGAAUUUUUAUAUAUUUUUUCGUAAAACCCUAAACUUGUGAUUUUUUUUAUUAGUAAAUAACAAACUAGCAAAGAAAAUAGAAAAGAAAGAAAUUCUGUUUGCUAUUUAAGACCUUUGGAUUGUAAUUUAUUUUUCGUUCCGAUGGUUGUAGAACGUAUACAUUUCCGUUUAUAUGCUCGUUAGCCCCUAUAAUUGAAAAAAAGGCAAAAAAGAAAAAAACGUUUAGAAAAACGAUAAAAGUUACUUGGAAAUAGUAAAGCUUAGAAGCUUAGAUCAACAAAAAACGGACUGGUUAAAGUGAUAAUAUUUACGCAAAAACAAAAACAAAAAAAAUACCUGUGCGUUAAAUUUGAAAGAGAAGUCUAGCUUCUGGUUGACUACUCGAUGGCAUAGAGCAUGUAGAGAUUGCCAGCAUCACUGCCUGGUGGUACCAAGGAGUGAGUCGGCGGUAGUA